CGUACAAAGCACGCGCGAACCCUCGCCUCAGGUGGUAGUAGUGAAGGCGCGACUCUGCUGAAGCUUCGAGCUCACUAACUGUUCGCCGGACAAUGACGGUAUUUUCCGGCAAGCAGGUGUUUCCGGUUGACUACGAGGCGGAGGUGUCGCAGCGCCUCCUCGAAGCUUGUCACUCCGGGGAUCAGAGCUUGGCUUUAGAGUGCAUUGCCGAUCCAUUCGUGGACGUCAACUUCGUCGGCGCAGUGAGCUUGAAGAUCAGAAAGGCCGAGCUUUUUCUGCACGAGGAAUCGGCUAGCGAAGUUCGCAUCGAGUUCGAAGAGUUCAAGACCGACGUUACGGCUUUGUUUCUUGCUGUUCAUACGGGGAAUGCGAGCCUCGUGAAGAAGCUACUGAGUAUGGGAGCUGAUGUAAACCAGAAACUCUUCAGAGGCUUUGCAACAACUGCAGCAGCAAGGGAGGGCCACGUUGAUAUUCUUGAGAUCUUGCUCAAAGUUGGGGCAUCACAGCCAGCUUGUGAAGAAGCUCUUUUAGAGGCAAGCUGCCACGGGCAAGCCAAGUCUGCUGAAUUGCUCAUGAGCUCUGAUUUAAUCCGACCCCACGUUGCUGUACAUGCUCUUGUGAGGGCAUGCUGCAGGGGGUUUGUAAAUGUGGUAGAUACUCUCAUAAAGCGUGGUGUGGAUGUCAAUGCAGAAGAUCGAGUACUUUUGCAGUCAGUUAAGCCUGCUCUCCACACAAAUGUUGAUUGCACCGCACUUGUUGCUGCUGUGAUUCAUAGGCAGGUCCCAGUCGUCGCUUUGCUACUGCAGAAAGGUGCUAGGAUAGACACCAAAGUGAGGCUAGGAGCAUGGUCAUGGGAUGUCACAACGGGUGAAGAAAUUCGUGUGGGUGCUGGACUGGGAGAAACUUAUGCUGUCACAUGGUGUGCAGUUGAGUAUUUUGAAAAAAAUGGUUCUAUACUGUACAUGCUCCUGCAGAAUGUUUUCCUCAACAACCCUCACUGUGGAAGAACCCUUUUACACCAUGCCAUUCUUUGCGGCAAUGUUGAGGGUGUGAAAAUACUCUUAGAAUGCGGUGCAGAUGUUGAAUCCCCAGUUAAAACAACUCAGAAGACUGAAUUCCGUCCGUUACACAUGGCUUCUCGUCUUGGCUUUUCAACAAUUGUUCAAUGCCUUAUUGCUUUUGGCUGUGAUUUGAACUCUAUUACAGACGCUGGUGACACAGCUUUGAUGAUCUGUGCAAAAUAUAAACAAGAAAACUGUCUCAAAGUACUCACAAUGGCUGGUGCCGAUCUCGGCUUAGUCAACACUUCUGGUCAUUGUGCAAGUUCAAUUGCCGAGUCAAGCCAGUGGUCACUUGGUUUUCAGCAGGCGUUACUGGAUACAAUCAGAAAAGGAAAGAUACCCACAUCCAGCAAUAUCUCUGUGUAUUUAGCCCUUCACUUUGCAGCUGAAGUUGGGGAUACUGACGCAUUGAAAACUGUAAUUGCUUAUGGAGGAUUCGAUCUUGACUAUCAAGAUGAUAACGGAUUCUCUGCUGUUAUGGUUUCUGCAUUGAAGGGUCACGUAGAAGCGUUCCGGUUGCUUGUAUAUGCUGGAGCUGAUGUAAAGCUAUGCAAUAAAUAUGGUGAAACAGCGAUUGCCCUAUCUGAGUUGAACCAUAAUCACGAUUUAUUUGAAAAGGUCAUGCUUGAAUUUGCACUUGAAAAGGGCAAUCGUAAUGCUGGCUUCCAUGCUUUACACUGUGCAGCUCGCCGUGGCGACUUGGAUGCAGUGAAAUUGCUCACUGAUAGGGGUUAUGACGUGAAUGUUCUUGACCAGGAAGGCUACACACCACUCAUGUUAGCAGCAAGAGAAGGCCAUGGUUCCAUUUGUGAGCUCUUAAUUUCACACGGGGCUCGUUGUAAUACUAAGAAUGCUAGAGGUGAAACUGCACUUUCACUUGCAAGAAAAUUCACUGGAGGUAAGAACAACGCGGAGGCUGUCAUACUCAACGAGCUUGCUCGUAAGUUAGUACUAGGUGGCACCUUCGUGCAAAAGUAUACCAAAGGAGGGAAGGGUUCUCCUCAUGGAAAAAAGAUACAAAUGUUGGGAUCCGUGGGAGUGCUCUGUUGGGGUAAGUCAAGCCGGAGAAAUGUGAUAUGCCGUGAGGCAGAGUUGGGACCAAGUUUAUCUUUUCGUAGAAAUAGACACAGAAGAGGUGAUGCUGACGAUCCAGGAAUAUUUAGGGUGGUUACUGUGAAGAACAGGGAAGUGCAUUUUUUGUGUGAUGGGGGUUUUGAAACUGCCGAGCUUUGGGUGAGGGGCAUAAAACUUGUGACAAGAGAGGCUAGGUGUAGUAAGCAGGGAGGGAUAUAG